AUGGAGAAACUGAAGGGUCCAGUUACCAGCCCCUUCAAAGGCAAAGACAUCACCGCUUUAGCGGGGAAGCUUAAACAUGUCGCCCUGAAUACCCCACUCCGAUUCAGCGCUCAGGCCUUGAGGCCCCAUUCGAAGAACACUGCUCGGUUUGGCAAUCUCAGCCACCACUCUUUCUUCUCACGACACAACCCUCACCCUCACCGAGUGACUCAUAUCCAAGGUCUGAAUGGCGCUCCUGUUUGCAUAGUUAAUGAUGAGUGGUCUGAGCAGACCAUCCUUCCACCUCAUCCAAUGAUAAAAAGUCAUCUUCGUACUGCUGUUUUGGGAGUGCCGGGGGUCCAAAUGCCCAUUGGAGAUCCACAGCCCAUUCCAAUCCCCAGGCUAUCGAUAGGUUCUUUGUCAGAUGCAUGGCGAGAAGAGCUGAGGGAACUUGCUGCAAAAGUGAGGGCUGCCUCCUCCACUGAGACAGAGAAAAAGCAGACAACAGAAAAGUCCCGGAGGGAGACACAGUACUCAGAAGAAACAGGACGUCUCAUCCCACCUGCCUCCCGAGCCACAACCCGCCACUCAACCCGCCGCACGCGCAAGAACAACGCCAGGAAUAAAGGCAAAGACGCUACCUUGUCUUUUCAGGACCAAGAACUGAUCAUUUUGGAGUUGCUGUGCCAGAUCCUGCAGACAGACUCUUUGACAGCCAUUCAGCAAUGGCUGCUCACCGCUGGCCAGAGGGAAAAGGAUCUUGUCAUGGGAUUGUUGCAGAUUGCAACGGCCAACUUCCAUCUUGAGCCCCAGGAGCUGAUCACCAACGCGGAAGAGAGACUUCCAUCACAGUUGUCCCCAAAUGCAUCCAGGCUACACAGCCUUGGAAGAAAUCAGCCAACCAGGCUGUCUGUCCUAAGGCAAAAACAAGAACCUACUGCAGAGGGAGAGAAGCCAGUUCUAAUCGGCACUGCAGAAGUUCUCCAGCUCCACUCGUGCCUGGAUGAAAAGCAAAACCAGCCAGAUCAAUCCAAAUAG